GUUUGAAUUCGAAAGUGGGCGUGUGCGAGGGAUCGUGACGUCAACGUCAGACGGAUCUCAGCGCGUUCGAUCGCGGAGCGUUUCGAACUUUCAAUGGCGAUUGAUUUAAAGCGUCGGUUCCGCGCUACGUGGAUCCACGCAAACGGCCCUUUUCUCCUGGCGUGAAAAAGAAUCGUUCCUACGCAGUGACCUUUCGGUGCUCGGAUGCAUAAUAUCGCGUAGGAGUCGCUGUGUGCGUGGUGAACGUUUAGCUGUCUGCCUGUUUUCCUUCAUCGCUAAAUGGAGUCACGGGGGGAAUUCAGUCGAGAAGAGAUCAACGGCACGGUAUGGGAAAUUCCAGACAAGUACGUCUGCUUGAAGCAGAUCGGAACGGGAGCUUAUGGCAGCGUGUGCUCGGCCAUUAAUAAUAAAUCCAAAGAGAAGGUGGCCAUCAAGAAACUGCAUCGACCCUUUCAGUCGGAGAUCUUCGCGAAGAGAGCCUAUCGCGAACUGAGGCUGCUCAAGCACAUGAAACAUGAAAACGUAAUAGGCUUGCUAGACGUUUUCACUCCUGCCUCCAGACUCGAUGACUUCCAAGACUUCUACCUGGUGAUGCCCUACAUGUAUACAGACCUCUCUAAAGUCAAGGGCGUCCUGACAGAAGACCGUAUCCAGUUUCUGGUCUAUCAAAUGCUGUGCGGACUAAAGUACAUUCAUGGCGCUGGCAUCAUUCACAGAGACCUCAAACCAGGAAACCUGGCUGUGAACCAAGACUGUGAGCUGAAGAUCCUGGAUUUUGGCCUGGCGCGUCAUGCAGAAGCAGAGAUGACGGGUUACGUGGUGACGAGGUGGUACCGGGCCCCUGAGGUCAUUCUAAACUGGAUGCACUACACGCAGACAGUGGAUAUCUGGUCUGUUGGGUGCAUCAUGGGUGAAAUGUUCAAUGGAAAAACACUCUUUAAAGGAAAAGACUACAUGGACCAGUUGAUUCAGAUAAUGAAAGUAACAGGGACACCAGGUCCAGAAUUUAUUGAGAAACUAGAAAGCCUAGAGGCAAAAAGCUAUGUCAAAUCCCUGCCCCACUACCCACGCAAAGACUUCUCAACAUUGUUUCCCAGAGCCAGUAAAAAAGCGGUAGAUCUGCUUGAGAAGAUGCUGGUGUUAGAUGCUGAUGCUCGUCUCACUGCUGAUGGUGCAUUGGCACACAGUUAUUUUGAUGGCCUAAGAGACCCAGAGGACUGCCCACAGCCCACGCCCUACGAUGACAGCUACGACAAUGCCACAUUGUCCUUAGAAGAGUGGAAACGUUUAUCAUUUAAAGAAGUGAGGAGCUUUGUUCCUUUUCCAAGAAGAGACUCGAAGAGAAGAAACACACUCACAAUGUCUUAGUGUUAGUGGGUCAUUAUCGGCGUACUUUAUUGCAAUUAUGCGAUUUAGUUUCCGCCUAUGAACAAUUUAGAAUUAUGUACUCAAAAAUAUAUGAAUAGCAGUAUUUUGUACAACAGCUAACUUGGUAAGGAAUAUGUGGUAUAUCUGGACAUCUGGUGAAUGAACAUUUUAUUUUAAUAUAGUGGUAGCUGUCCUACAUUUAUCACUAGCGUGCAUAGCACCCUAUCAUUUGCUCACCCUCACACCAUUCAUUCAGAAUUUAUUUUGUCCCUGUGCCAUUUCAGACAACUUGUUGGUCUUAUGCAAAGUCUAUGAUAGCUAAAGCCGUACGAUAGCUUUUCGAGGGGGAACAAACCAAAUCCUACACUUCUUUUGUUUUUUACAAAAAAUUAUUUUAGAUUGUAUGAGGGUGAGUAAAGGAUGACAGACAGACUUUCAGUAAACUAUCCCUAAGUGCUAUCAGAUGAAAAUGUUUUUUUAAAGGACAGCCUUGUACUAUUUUAUGUAUUUUAAGGUUACAGAUUUGAAAGUUGAAGUAUUACACACUCAGUAUACCGGUAAAAAGUCUGGGGUAAAUAUUUUUUUUAUGUAUAUAUGUGUGUGUGUGUGUGUGUGUGUGUGUGUGUGUGUGUUUUUAUAUAUAUAUAUAUAUAUA